AUUACUCAUAUUAAUUCAUAACACGUAGACCUGGUCGUUAGGCAGCCGAGGCCCCUUGGAUUUCCUUCACCAUCUCACCACCUCGCCAUCGAGCGCUGAACAAAAUCAGACCGCACGUCACAAUAUUUAGUAGCAAUUGCUCAUCUGCGCAGCCGUGCCCUCCCCACCUCCGUGCACCUUCUCGGCCCCCUCCUAGCGCCCCCAUCCUCCCGCCGCCUUUGGUGUCUCUUCGUCUUAGAUCCCCCAUUCCCCGUCACUCGUUAGUCGAGCGCGUCACCGCCAUGCCCGCACCCGGCAUGGGCGGCUUCCGCGACCUCGCUCCGCGCGCAAUGGGUGCUCCGGGAGGGGGGAUGAGCGGGGCGCUGAGGGACGGGGACGCGCAGGGAGCGCCGUUGCGGGACGGUGGGGGUUCCGCAGCGGGGGAGCGUACAGGGACGCGGGGAUGGGCAUGAGGGACGCGGCAGCACCAGGUUACCGGGAGAUGGGCGGCGCUGGUCCGUUCCGCGACAGGGAGGUGGCUCCGGGGCACGAUGGCGCCAUGGCGGCGAGCGGCGGUGGAGGAACCUUGAACCGAUUGUCAGGCAGUGGCAGCGGGGGAAACCUAAACCGUCUAUCAAACGACACUGUAACGGGGAUGAUGACGUCAACAUCGUCCCCGCCUCGGUACCGCCCCAACGCAGCUGCAGGCGGGCCGGCGUUUUUGGGGUCGCCGGCCAUGAGCGACGCCAUGGGCAUGGGGGGAGGCAUGGGACCGCCCAUGGCGGGCGCGAUGGGGGGGCCGAUGGGGGGCCAGCGGCAGAAGCGGCGGGGCAGCAGCGCGCGGUACUACUACCAGUUGGUGGCGGUGGUGCGGCAGAACCUGCCUUAUUUGGUGAUCGCGCUGCUGCUGGCCGUCAUCGCGCUCAUGCGCACGCCCGCCCCCGCCCCCGCCGCCACGCCCGCCGCCCUCGCCACCGCCUCCCUCGCAGCAGGCGGGGCGGACCCCGCAGCAGCAGCGGGGGGUGCGGCAGGGGGAAAGCAGGUGGUGAACGGGGCGGGAAUGGGAGGGGGGACAGCAGGGACGGCAGGAGGAGGGGCAGGGGGGGGGGCAGGGGGAGGAGGGGCGAAACCAGGGGAGGUGGCAGGCAGACAGGUGCUGCAGGGGGCGGGGCGGGCGGCGGGGGCAGUGCCCGCUGCCACGGCAGGCACAGCAGCGGGGAAGGCCGCGGGCGGAGCAGGGGGGGGGUCAGGCGUGGGGGGACUGUCGCUGGGGCUGAGUCGGUUUGGGCUGGGCGGCGGGCAGAAGACGAACCUGAUCAGCAUCCUCAAGGCCAACCCCGACGCCGUGGAGGCGCGCGAGGCCACGCGCAACUACCGGUUCAGGGAGCACGCGCCGGUGUACGGGCUGGUGCACUUCGCGAGCUACCGCAUGAGCGCCGUGAAGUUCGCCAUCGUGGGGCUGGCAGGGCGCGCGCUGAGGGAGUCGCGGAAGCUGGGCAAGUGCCUGUGGAAGGAGAAGAACGGCGGACACCGCGUCACCGGCACUCUCACAGCAUACUACCCGGGCGAGCACCACAACCUGCGGUACGAGGCGGUGGUGCUGGUGUGCGAGCUGGAGGAGUCCACGGAGGCGGACUACGGGGGGCUGCUGCUGGCGACGGUGGACAAGGAGGACGUGGUGGCGUACCUGGAGGAGGCGCACCACUUCCCCUCCGCCACGCCCAAGGCGCCCUUCAAGUACCAGCUCACGUACUGCUCGCCGCCGCUGGCGGGCAAGAUCAUCCCGCGGCGCAUGUACGAGUGGAUGGAGUUCCACCUGCACACGGCCGUCGACCGCAUGGUGCUGUACGACGCGGGCGGCAUCGGCGCGGCGCUGAUGGCGGUGCUGGAGCCGUACACGGAGCAGGGCUUGGUGGAGGUGGUGGACGUGCGCGGGAUCACUGCGUACGAGGCGUGGGAGAAGGGCCGCCUGCUCGUGCUCAACGACUGCGUGCAGCGCCACCGCUUCACCUCCAAGUGGGUCUUCUUCGCCGAGAUGACCGACUUCUUCUCUGCCGCCAACGGCGAGACGCUGCUCGCCACCGUCAACGCGUACGACGGCCGCCCCUACGUCACGUUCGGCAGCCGCUGGUGGUCGUUUGAGAAGUGCACCUUCUCGUCGCUCACAGAGCGCAUCGUGGUGCGCGGCGCCGCCAUGCUGGAGGGCGCGGGGGCGGGCGACGAGGGCAAGGCGGACGUGGGGGGGAUAGCGGAGGGCGGCGCGGGGGAGGGCGGUGUGCAGGUGACGGAGGGCGCGGAGAAGGCAGCGGUGGAGCAGCCGUGGGCGUUGGAGCGCAUGCUGUUCCGGUGGCCGCACAUCUACUGCACCAACAAGGAGGCGUACCCGCGCUGGGAGCUCUGCCUAGACUACCACGGCUUUCGCCGCGUGGCGGCGGACCCGCGGCAGGUGAUAGCGGUGCAGAUCCACCGCGUGGAGGUGCCGCGCAUGGGCGGUGUGGACGUGGACACGGACGCGGCGCGCUUCAACCACUUCCAGGGGCUGCUGGAGGACGAGCGCAAGUUCUGCAUCAAGAGCGUGCGCCCCGGCGAGCAGCUCGAGUGGUGGGUGCGCGAUCAGUCCCUGGCGCUGCUCGCACAGGAGGCCAGGCAGUCGCCGCGCGCCAAGUUCAAGACCAGAGGGGGGUGAGAGGGGGGGGGGGAGGGGGAGAGUUGGGUAGGGGGGGUGAGGGAGGGGGGAGGAAUGGGGCGAGAGAUCUCCAUUGUGGAGCCAUGUAUUGGUGGACAUGACCUGAUGUUGUGGCACAUCUGUUCCAACAGGGUGGUUGUGGUGUCUGUUGUAGUAUAAUUUAUACUUACCAUUUCUGUAAGUCGUUUAUCGAUAGGUAGUGUCGAAUCCUACUGUAGAAGAUAAGUCCGUAGGAUGACGUCAGCAAAUACGGUAGCGCUCGUCAUAGGACAAUCGUUUUCAGUCACGCGAUCAGUCGCACCUCUUCAUUAUCAUUUAGGGCGCAUAGCGCGAUAGUGACGAACAGGUACAUUUGCGAACAGGUACUUUCCUAGAGCUAUAAAUCCUUGUUACGGUAUGCCUUUUUCAUUAUUAACUUUUGAU